AAUUUCAGAUGAUAUCUGCUAUGGCAGCUCGGUGGAUGCAACUCAUCCACCCACUCAAGAUCACUACAUGAACUUUUUACUGCAGUUCGGUGCACAGUAAUCUACCAGUAGUUGCACGAAGGAGGGCAAUGCCAGCUUGUUGUCAAAGGUAGCAUAGCAGCUAGUUUAGCUAACGUUAAUACUUGUUGCGCCAGAUUAUCUUGCUGUGUUGCUGCAACAAGUUGCAGUGCCUGGUUAGCAGCAUUGAGAGAAAUGCAAAAUCCGGAUAUGUGAAUGGACAUGCAGAGUUGGAAAAGACGACAUUCUCAUCAAUCAUUAGUUCUAGGCUACCGUCACUCAUCAUCACCAUCUGAAGUGAUGCUGCUUCUGUGCAGAUCCAAUGCACAGUAGAUUGCAGUACUGCUACUGUUUUGAGUGAAGAUGUUAACGAGUCCUGGCAGUAGAGAUUUAAGAGGAUGCGUGUACUGAGAUGAACCCAGAGAGAUGUAUGGACCAACCUGACACUCCACGGCGACCCUGCCUGCAGUCUGGGGAGUUCCCUGCCGAGCCCUGGCACAGUACUCCAAGAAAGAAGUUUCCAUCCCCUCGUGAGGCGUCUCGUCUUCAGGAUGUGAGAUCGGAGCAGGUGGCCAGGGAGAGGGACAGCAUGGUGGGGCUCGGGCAGCAGAGGAGUGAGCCUCAGCAGAGGAGGCAUGACGGCCACCUACCUCACCCCACGGCCCUGCAGCAGAGACAUGGCCAACUACCUCACUCCACCUCUCUACCCCUCACCCUCACUCAGAACGGCCAGAUGUCCUCUGAUGAGGUGGAGAACAGCGGCCCCCAGAGGCGGCGGCGGGAACUGCAGCUGCUGAUGGCCGAGCUGCGCGAGCGCGAUGACGAGCUGAACAAGAUGGCCGCCGCCCACCACGCCCAGCUCCUUGCCUGGCAACAGGACCGCCAGCGCACGCUGCAGCUGGAGGAGAAAUGCGCGCGCCUACAGGAGGAGCUGGUGCAGCAGGAUGAGGCGUUGCGUGCGGUGGGGCGGCGAGCGAAGGCCUCUGAGGAGCAGGAGAAGAGCAGCCAGCGAGAACUCAGAGCUGCUCAGACACAGCUUCAGGAACUGAUGCACACACAACGCCAUGACACCCUUAUGCAGAACCAACAAGAGGAGCGUAUCCAGGCGCUGGAUUCCACGGUAACCAUGCUGUCCAGCCAGGUGGGGCAGCUGCAGGCCAGAGAGGAGGAGCUUAGCACCAUGCUGAAGCUAAAGGAUAAGGAUGUGAUAGAGGCCAUCGUCCACAUCCAGGACCUGUCUGCCCGCCUCCGUAGCCUAGACGACAGCAGGGCGGAGUGGCAGAGCCGCGAGAGUAAACUGCUUAUUGAAGUGGAGACGCUGAAGCGAAACUAUCGAGACAUCCGGCACGAGAACUCCCGACUCAAAGGGGAGCUGCAGGAGAAGACCCUGGAGAACAGCACACAGAGAGAGGAGCUUAUUCGCCUCAAACAGGAAGCAGAACUACUCAGGAGAGACCUCGUCAUCUCAGGGGAGGAGGAGAGCUGGAAGGAUGAGAUGCUGCAGUUGUGUCGGUCCAAACAGGAGCGCACCGAGGCAGAGCUGCACGGGCUCAGACGGGUGUGUGACAGUCAGCAUAAUGACCUGCAGCUGCUGACGCUGAACCUGGAGAGGAGCGAGGAGACCCUGAGGGGGUACGAGAGGGCACACCUGGCCGAGAGCCAACGCAGGGGUCAAAGGUCACGAGACAGCCAAGCAGAGGAGGUGAGUUCUCCCCGGCCGGGCAGCCCUGUCUUCUGGACAGCCAUCAGCCCUAUAGGCCACUCCAGGACCAUCUACCAUUCGUCACCAACGUCUGCUGAUCACUGUCUCAGUGAAGUGAAGGUCUUCAGUCAAGACUCCAACUCGCCAGCGCGUUUCCAGGAAGUGAACGUGUCACCAGCGCGUCUCCAGGAAGUGAAUGUGUCACCAGCCCGUAUCCAGGAAGUGGGUGUGUCUUCAACACGGCGCCUACAGCGCCUCCUGGAGGAGUCUCGUCAGAUGGUCUCUGCUCUGGAGGGCCUGUCUCUGGACGUCACAAGCCCCUCCCCCUCAUCACCCCACAGCCCUGCCCAGCACAGCCGCAUGGCACAGGCGCUCACCAAUGGUCACCAUGACGACAGCAGCGUUCAAGAUGGCAGCUCUGAGGCCCGGUCACUCAACUCUAGUCGUGAGAACAGCUUCCAGACCAGAAGGAUUUCUUCUCAUCGCUCCCAAGAAUGAGUCGUCCUAGCUAGCAGGUGAAGUAAAGCAGUGAUGUCCAAAGCUGUAAUAAGAACUGAGAUUACUGCCACAGGCAAAGCUGCCGCCACUGGAACUAUACACACUCUCUCCAUUGGAGGGAGCUCUAAGCUGUGGACCAGCUAUCAAGACUGCACUGGACCUGAAGAGCCAGCAAGCACCUUGCACUGCAUACAAACCCUUUUACGGCAUUAAAAUAGCCACAUAGCCAUGCCUCUUAUUAAAGGGAACAAGGUUUUAAAUGAAUGUGUUUUAGAAUUAUAUUUUUGUACAAGGCUUUGGCAUUUUAUAAAAGAAAAUAUUAUCUCCUGUGUUACAACUUGAUGGACUGAAAUUCCUUUGCAUUUUUUUAUACGAGGAAUUUUCGCAAAAACUGAUGUAAACCUGAUGUUCAGGUAAAUUUUAAAAUGUACAAAUGUAAAUAUCUUUCUAUAUGCCAAAUAUAUCAAGAGUCUUUUUAAACAUU